CAAUCAUCUGUAUCAAAUAAAUAAGCACUUAUUUCUUGUUUUCAAUCUCUCUCGAUCAUCAUCACUGUAAUACUAAAAUCCCUCUUUUCAGUUUCAGUUUCACUUUCAAAACCCCGCGGAAUUAAGCUUCCUUCUCCGUAAACCUCGUUUUCAUUGACUGCAAUAUCAUUAGAAUUUGGAAUUGGAGGGCUUAUUUGCUCAGAUGUCCAAUAAUAAUCCACAAUAUCCUGGUUUACAGCCAAUUCGGCCUCCGAUUCCCGGUUCAAUGGAUCCUCAGCGCAAUUUUGGUCAACUCAUGCCGGUUCAAUUUCGGCCAGUUGUUCCCAAUCAACAGCCGCAACAGUUUGUUCCGAUGCCUGCUCAACAUUAUCACCAACAGUUUAAUGUUGGAAUGCCUCCUCAAAAUCAACCGCCCCAAUUUUCUCAACCACCAAUUCAACAGUUUCCGCCGAGAGUUGGUCAGCAGAUGCCACUACCAUCACAGAUGAUUCCAAUGCCAGUAGCGCGGCCAAACAUGCAAAUCUCGUCCGAAUCAAUGAUGCCAAAGCCUGAUUCUCAAGCUCCAAAUGGAUACACACAAGGUUUAGGUGGCCCGGGAAUGCCAAUCUCUUCAUCAUUUAUGUUUGCACCACCUGCUUAUGGUCAAGUGCCACAGACUAACUUUAAUUCGAAUAGCCAAUACCAGCCUGUUCCCCAAAUCCAAGCUCCCACUGGUUCUUCUUCCCAGAGCAUUACACCCGGUACAACUCCUCAAAGCAACGGCGCACAACCUACAACUACAACUGUCAUGCCUUCAGUACGAGUCUUACUUAUUUUGACAUCACACAGAAUCUGUUUUUUGCCUCAGCGGAAAUUUGAUGCUGUCUUAAUUUAUUUCUUUCAGCCUACAAUUAUCCAGCCACACCUUGCAAAGGUUAGCUCCUCAGAUUGGAUUGAACAUACUUCUGCUACUGGAAGAAGAUUUUACUACAAUAAGAGAACUAAAUUAUCUAGCUGGGAGAAGCCUUUUGAAUUGAUGACACCUAUUGAGAGGGUAGACGCAUCAACAAACUGGAAGGAGUACUCGAGUCCUGAUGGAAGAAAGUAUUACUACAACAAGAUCACUAAGGAAUCAAAGUGGUUAAUUCCUGAGGAAUUGAAGUUUGCUCGUGAGCAAGUUGAAAAGGCAAUGGUCAAUGGAACACUUCCUGAGCCAUUACUGAUUCCCUGUACUCAACCCUCUGCAACUUCUGUGCCUGAAGCAAUGCCCAGUGCAGAUAAUUCAUCUUUACCUGGUCAACGCGAACCAUCAAGUCCUGUUUCAGUUGCUCCAGUUGUUACCGCAUCCCCAAGUAAUCUGCAAUCCGAGAUAACUUCAGGAUCACAUGCCUCUCCUUCUGCAACCGCUGUAACUGGAACAAAAGUUGAUGAACCUGAGGCACCCGUAAAUACCAUCAAUCCAUCAGAUGCUAGUGUGGGAAGUGAUAGAGCUAUUGUUUCUGAUACUGAUACUGCUGUGACACCAAUGAAUGAAGCCAAUAACGUUUCAGCUCAAGAGACUGUAGGUUCUGCUGAUGGAGUUCCAGGAGAAGAUAAAGAAGAUGGGAAAAUUGAUUCAAUAGGAGACAACAUUAAUGACGUGGCCUCAGAAACAAAGACAGUUGAGCCAGAAUCAUUAGUUUAUGCGAAUAAGUUGGAAGCUAAAGAUGCAUUCAAAGCACUAUUGGAGUCUGUAAAUGUUGGAUCCGACUGGAAUUGGGAUCGGGCUAUGCGAUUAAUAAUUAAUGACAAAAGGUAUGGUGCCUUAAAAUCUCUUGGAGAAAGGAAGCAAGCUUUCAAUGAGUACUUAAGUCAAAGGAAAAAACAGGAAGCAGAAGAAAAGCGUAUGAAGCACAAAAAAGCACGGGAGGAUUUUAGAAAAAUGUUGGAAGAGUCCACAGAGUUGACUUCAUCCACUAGAUACAGCAAAGCAGUAGAUAUUUUUGAAAAUGAUGAACGUUUCAAGGCCGUCGAGCGAGAUAGAGAUCGCAAGGAUAUGUUUGAUAGCUUCUUGGAGGAACUUAAAAACAAGGAACGGGCUAAGGCACUGGAGGAACGGAAGCGGAAUACAGUGGAAUAUAGGAAAUUCUUGGAAUCUUGCGACUUUAUUAAGGCUAAUACACAGUGGCGAAAGGUUCAAGACCGCUUAGAGGCUGAUGAAAGAUGUUCUCGACUGGAGAAAAUUGACCGCUUGGAAAUAUUCCAAGAUUAUUUGCGUGAUUUAGAGAAGGAAGAAGAAGAGCAGAAGAAGAUACAGCAGGAAGAAUUGAGAAAAGCGGAACGUAAAAACCGUGAUGAAUUCCGCAAAUUGAUGGAUGAACAUAUCGCUUCAGGCAUUCUUACAGCAAAAACUAACUGGCGUGAUUAUCAUUCACAGGUGAAAGACUUACCAGCCUAUCUAGCAGUGGCUUCAAACACCUCAGGUUCAACUCCAAAAGAAUUAUUUGAAGAUGUAGUCGAAGAGCUAGAGAAACAAUAUCAAGAAGAAAAGAGUCAAAUAAAAGAUGCAGUGAAGUUGGCAAAGAUCUCGUUGUCAACAACCUGGACUGUUGAAGACUUCAAAUCAGCUUUAUCAGAACACAUUAGCUCUCCACCUGUAUCUGAUUCCAACUUAAAGUUAGUGUUUGAAGAGCUACUAGAACGGGCUAAGGAGAAGGAGGAGAAGGAAGCUAAGAAGCGCAAACGUCUUGCAGAUGAUUUCUUUCGUCUACUAUAUUCCAUCAAGGACAUUACUGAGUCUUCAAAGUGGGAGGACUUUAGGCCACUUAUUGAAGAUAGCCAAGAGUUCAGAUCUAUUGGAGAUGCGAGCCAAUGCAAGCAAUAUUUUGAGGAGUAUGUUGCACAACUGAUAGAGGAGGCAAAGGAGAAUGAGCGGAAACGGAAAGAGGAAAGGGCAAAGAAGGAUAGAGAUAGGGAGGACAGAGAAAGAAGGAAAGCGAAGCAGAGAAGGGAAAAAGAGGGAGGGCGUGAAAGAUGGAAAGAGGAGACACAUAAGAGGGAUAGAAGUGACAGUGUGGAUUUAAAUGAUAUACAAGCCUCUAAAGAAAACGAUAACAGAAAACAAAGGAAGCAGCAUCAGAGUCCGGACUAUGUUUCUCACGAAACUGAUAAAGAGAGGACUAAGAAAUCUCAUGGUCACAGUAGUGACCGCAAGAAAUCCAGACGGCAUGGUUCUGGUGGUCCUGAAUCUGAUGACGGACGGCACAAGAGACACAGGAGAGACCACCGUGAUUCUCAUAGAGGUGAGCAACUUGAAGAUGGAGAAUUUGGUAAUGACGUGGUUAUGGAUAGAUGGUAAUCAUGUUUAUUUCAACUUUACUGAAUACAUUCUGUUUAGCUCGUAUGUAUUAAUUUGGAACCAAAAAGUUAUUAAAAUAUAAUUUUUUUUAAAGAACUUCCUUGUAUUCUGUAAUGUUUUUACACCGAAAAAUUUGUUACUAGAAGGAAAGGUUAAGUUCUCACUCGAGGCCCGGCUUGUGGCAACUUACAUUAGUUUUUUUUUUUUUUUGAAUGGCUGGCAACUUACAUUAGUAUAA